AUGAGCAGCAGCACCAAGCAGAAUGGCACCCUGGACGUGUUGCAGAGAGACAGGCACAGUCACAGCAUUCCUAAUGAGGCAGGCUGAACCUGCGCAGCCUGCAGACCUCGCAGAGUACUGCCUCUGUAGUGCACUGAGCUGUACUCCGCUGGCUGUAUCCACCUCUGUGUCAGUGUGUGUGUGCAUCUCUGCCUGCCUGCGCGACCCCAGCAGCUGUGUCUGUGUGUGUGUGUGUGUGUGUGUGUGUGUGUGUGUGUGUGUGUGUGUGAGUGUGUCUGUGGGUGUGUGUGGGUGUGGUUGUAUGUGCAUGCGUAGAGCACGGCAGCAGCAGGGGCUCAGCCAGUCACUCGCCCUGGGUUGGCCUGCAUUUGAAUAUUAACAUGAUUCAUUUCUCAUCUCUCACACAGCGGAGCUGCAAGCUGAAAAAGAGCCAAGCUCCUCCUCCUCCCCUGCCACUCAGGAGCUGAUGACAAGGCUGGGCUUCUUACUGGGAGAAGGGAUCCCGGGCACGGCUCGCAUACCUAUGGAAGACAAGAAUGAAAAGAAGGUAUUUCAUAUCCUCCCGGCAGCUGCUUCAGCGGCCGCACAACACCAGAGAUAGAGAGAUAGAAGGAGGGAGGGGAGGGGAGAGUGUGUGAAAAGAAGGGAAAGAAGAAAGGAUGCUUUUUUGGUGCAGCUUGCGCUUGUCUUUGCCCUGGUUCUUUGGACUUGGAUUAAAGUCACACUACUACGGCGGGAAUGAUUCUAAUUGCAGCAAAUAAGGGUAACUCUGAACUCAACAUGUUCUCAGAUAUGUUUUGUGUGCACAAAGUGAAUGUUUGGUAAAGUAAACUACUAUAGUGUUUUGGUAUGAGCCUGAGGUAUCCAGUGUGAUGGUCUUAGGGAAACUUGAGUGGCUCUUGCAGGGGCGCUUGAGUAUGUAACACGAGUGUAUGAGCUUACGUCCAGAAAUAGAGUUAUGUCAAGUCUUCGGCUCAGUUUGUUUGGCUCUGCUAAUUAGUCUGGGGCUCAGCGUAAGAGCAGAGCACUCCUUUGAUUUCCAUCUACACGCAUGAUGCUUCUUUAGCACAUUUUGGGCCAGAAUCAGUCAUUUAAGUCACUUUAAGCUUAUAUUCCAUGAACCAUCUUCAUUCGUCGAGAUGUGAAGGUGAGAAACCCAAGAAAUUAGGGCAACAAUGGGUUUGGGAUGUUUUUUGUCCAGCAGCAGCCUUGAAGGAUGUUCUUCUCUGUGCUUCAGAGAGAAACACUUGGAGGCAUUGAUCGUCUGUUAACUAUUCUCUCUCCCAUUGACUUCUACACAGCUGUUUUACUAUCUGAGUUUAAACGCAUCAUCUGUUUAAUUCUGCCCUAGAGUAAAUGCCAUUAAGCUAUUAUGUUAUCAGCGUGGUAUGUUGGGUGGUGUAGGUUGCCUUUUCUCCACAUUACAUGGGUCGUAUUCAUUAGGCAACAAACGGAAGAAAACAGACUGAAACAGGGAGGAAUACCCGGACUUGUCCAAUAAGAGACGCUCAUUUUUUUUCCCCGUUGCAAGUUUUUUCUGUUGUGUGCCCUUAUGAAUAUGGCUAUGAUCAGAAUUUAACUAGCGUUGUUCUCCAGAGUGCUACGUUGUGAUGUAGAUGGGAAACGAUGAGGAAGAGUUAGUCCUUUGGUGAGGAACUGUUGGCAGGCUGCGGGACUUUGUCCCAAAUGGCACCCUAUUCCCUAUAUAGUUCCCUACCUUUGACCAGGGCCCAUAGCCCAAAAGUAGUGCACUAAAAAGGGAAUAGGUUGCCAUUUGGGACGUAGACUGGGGAUCUCGCCUGGGAGGAGGUACAGUGCCUUGCAAAAGUAUUCAUCCCCCUUGGCGUUUUUCCUAUUUUGUUGUAUUACAACCUGUCAUUUAAAUGGAUUUUUAUUUGGAUGUCAUGUAAUGGACAUACACAAAAUAGUCCAAAUUGGUGAAGUGAAAUGAAGAAAAUAACUUCUAAAAAAAAAUUCUACAAAAUAAAUAACGGAAAAGUGGUGCGUAUUCACCCCCUUUGCUAUGAAGCCCCUAAAUAAGAUCUGGUGCAACCAAUUACCUUCAGAAGUCACAUAAUUAGUUAAAUAAAGUCCACCUGUGUGCAAUCUAAGUGUCACAUGAUCUGUCACAUGAUCUCAGUAUAUAUACACCUGUUCUGAAAGGCCCCAGAGUCUGCAACACCACUAAGCAAGGGGCACCACCAAGCAAGCGGCACCAUGAAGACCAAGGAACUCUCCAAACAGGUCAGGGACACAUUUGUGGAGAAGUACAGAUCAGGGUUGGGUUAUAAAAAAAUAUCAGAAACUUUGAACAUCCCACGGAGCACCAUUAAAUCCAUUAUUAAAAAACGGAAAGAAUAUGGCACCACAACAAACCUGCCAAGAGAGGGCCGCCCACCAAAACUCACAGACCAGCCAAGGAGGGCAUUAAUCAGAGAGGCAACAAAGAGACCAAAGAUAACCCUGAAGGAGCUGCAAAGCUCCACAGCGGCGAUUGGAGUAUCUGUCCAUAGAACCACUUUAAGCCAUACACUCCACAGAGCUGGGCUUUACAGAAGAGUGGCCAGAAAAAGGCCAUUGCUUAAAGAAAAAAAUAAGCAAACACAUUUGGUGUUUGCCAAAAGGCAUGUGGGAGACUCCCCAAACAUAUGGAAGAAGGUACUCUGGUCAGAUGAGACUAAAAUUGAGCUUUUUGGCCAUCAAGGAAAACGCUAUGUCUGGCGCAAACCCAACACCUCUCAUCACCCCGAGGACACCAUCCCCACAGUGAAGCAUGGUGGUGGCAGCAUCAUGCAGUGGGGAUGUUUUUCAUCGGCAGGGACUGGGAAACUGGUCAGAAUGGAAGGAAUGAUGGAUGGCGCUAAAUACAGGGAAAUUCUUGAGGGAAACCUGUUUCAGUCUUCCAGAGAUUUGACUGGGAUGGAGGUUCACCUUCCAGCAGGACAAUAACCCUAAUCAUACUGCUAAAGCAACACUUGAGUGGUUUAAGGGGAAACAUUUAAAUGUCUUGGAAUGGCCUAGUCAAAGCCCAGACCUCAAUCCAAUUGAGAAUCUGUGGUAUGACUUAAAGAUUGCUGUACACCAGCGGAACCCAUCCAACUUGAAGGAGCUGGAGCAGUUUUGCCUUGAAGAAUGGGCAAAAAAUCCCAGUGGCUAGAUGUGCCAAGCUUACAGAGACAUACCCUAAGAGACUUGCAGCUGUAAUUGCUGCAAAAGGUGGCUCUACAAAGUAUUGACUUUGGUGGGGUGAAUAGUUAUGCACGCUCAAGUUUUCUGUUUUUUUGUCUAAUUUCUUGUUUGUUUCACAAUAAAAAAUAUUUUGCAUCUUCAAAGUGGUAGGCAUGUUGUGUAAAUGUAAAUCAAAUGAUACAACCCCCCCAAAAAUCCUGUUUAAUUCCAGGUUAUAAGGCAACAAAAUAGGAAAAAUGCCAAGGGGGGUGAAUACUUUCGCAAGCCACUGUAUGUAGCACACCGCUAGCCGCUAACGCUAACCCCAGCCUGACUUAUAUACACUACCGUUCAAAAGUUUGGGGUCACUUAGAAAUGUCCUUGUUUUCGAAAGAAAAGCAAUUUUUUUGUCCAUUAAAAUAACAUCAGAUUGAUCAGAAAUACAGUGUAGACAUUGUUAAUGUUGUAAAUGGCUAUUAUAGCUGGAAAUGGCUGAUUUUUUAUGGAAUAUCUACAUAGGCGUACAGAGGCCCAUUAUCAGCAACCAUCAGUCCUGUGUUCCAAUGGCACGUUGUGUUUGCUAAUCCAAGUUUAUCAUUUUAAAAGGCUAAUUGAUCAUUAGAAAACCCUUUUGCAAUUAUGUUAGCACAGCUGAAAACUGUUGUGCUGAUUAAAGAAGCAAUAAAACUGGCCUUCUUGAGACUAGUUGAGUAUCUGGAGCAUCAGCAAUUGUGGGUUCGAUUACAGGCUCAAAAUGGCCAGAAACAAAUAACUUUCUCCUGAAACUCGUCAGUCUAUUCUUGUUCUGAGAAAUAAAGGCUAUUCCAUGCGAGAAAUUGCCAAGAAACUGAAGAUCUCCCUUCACAGAACAGCGCAAACUGGCUCAAACCAGAAUAGAAAGAGGAGUGGGAGGCCCCGGUGCACAACUGAGCAAGAGGACAAAUACAUUAGAGUGUCUAGUUUGAGAAACAGACGCCUCACAGGUCCUCAACUGGCAGCUUCAUUAAAUAGUACCCACAAAACACCAGUCUCAACGUCAACAGUGAAGAGGCGACUCCGGGAUGCUGACCUUCUAGGCAGAGUUGCAAAGAAAAAGCCAUAUCUCAGACUGGCCAAUAAAAAGAAAAUAUUAAGAUGGGCAGUCUGAGAUAUGGCUUUUUUUUUGCAACUUGCUAUGUAGAUAUUCCAUAAAAAAUCAGCCGUUUCCAGCUACAAUAGCCAUUUACAACAUUAACAAUGUCUACACUGUAUUUCUGAUCAAUUUUAUGUUAUUUUAAUAUACUUUUUUUUUCUUUAGAAUACAAGGACAUUUCUAAGUGACCCCAAACUUUUGAACGGUAGUGUACAUACUAGAUGGUGGAGAGAGAGAAAAGCAGCCGAGAGGAGAAUAUAGGGGACAAACCUAGAGUUUGGAGUUAUGGCAUUAGCACUUGAGUACCAGGAAGAGCAUGGUGAUCAAUCAUGGGCUGAGCUCUUCUGGUUGCAAGUUGGCAUUCAGUUGUUCAUGGCUCAAGUCUUGUCUGAAAGUGCUGAUGUAGGAUCAGUUUAGCCUUUUAGAUCAUAAUGAAUCAGAUUAUUUUGGACAGGAGGGACCUGAUCCUUGAUCAGCACUCCUACUCUGAGAUACGAGUUCUGGUCUCGUUUUAGACCUGAGUUUGCUGUUUUGAAAGCCUCGCUUUGUUUACCGAGCAAGCUCAUGCCCUCACCUUGUGUGUCAUGCUCACAUGUGAACCGCUUAUUUAUUUGUCCAGGAAUUUCCAUUGCUUGCACAUGAUUCGGGUUAUUUGCUUUGGUAAAAAGAAAUCGACUUGGCUCAUAUUUUCCGGUCUGCUCCCAUAUAAGGAGAAAAGCUCUUUAUUCCCAAAUGAAAAAUAUGAACAUGUUUUUAUUGUUAAACUUUGUAGCUAUGAGAUUCCAUUCAUACUGAUUGCUGUAGUAUUAUUUACUUAGCUCAACCGUCCUCUCACUGCUCUCUCUUUUCUUCUCUUAUCAUGUUUUACUAUAUGAUGAUGAUGAUGAUGAUGAUGACGACGACAACAACUUCAUAGACCUAUGUGUUUUUAUUAACAAUGCAUUUCAGGAAUACUCUGAGUAUACCAAACAUUAGGAACACCCCCCCUUUUGCCCUCAGAACAGGCUUAAUUUCGUCAGGGCAUGGACUCAAGGUGUCUCUACAAGCGUUCCACAGGGAUGCUGGCCCAUGUUGACUCCAAUGCUUCCCACAGUUAUGUCAAGUUGGCUGGAUGUCCUUUGGGUGGUGGACCAUUCUUGAUACACACAGGGAAACUGUUGAGUGUGAAAAAUCCAGCAGCGUUGCGGAACUAGACCCCAACCGGUACGCCUGGCACCUACUACCAUACCCCGUUCAAAGGCACUUAAAUAUUUUGUCUUGCCCAUUAACCCUCUGAACGGCACACAUACACAAUCCAUCUCAAUUGUCUCAAGGCUUAAAAAUCCUUCUUUAACCUGUCUCCUCCCCUUCAUCUACACUGAUUGAAGUGGAUUUAACAAGUGACAUCAAUAAGGGAUCAUAGCUUUCACCUGGAUUCACCUGGUCAGUAUAUGUCAUGGAAAGAGCCGGUGUUCUUAAUGUUUUGUAUACUAAGUGUAUAUUUGACUGCCAUGUGGGAUCAAUAAAAUAAAAUAAAAGAUGUGUUUCUCCUCCUCCUCCUCCUCCUCCAGUGCUCAGUGACUAGUCAGGGUAUCAGUCCCUGCUCCAGUCUGACCAGUAGCACGGCGUCCCCCUGCACAGAGAGCCCGUGCUCCACCCUCAACAGCCUCAGCCACAGCAGCAGUGGUCACGGCAGACCUCCUCUGAGUCACUCCAGCCCCUGUGGGACCAUCACCAGCCCCAGCUCCACGCUCGAGAGCAAGGACAGCGGGAUCAUAGGUGAGAGACACUCGGGUUGCGAGUUUUUUCCACCCCUUCCCACCCACCCGCCCUUGCAACUAGGGUUGCUUGUCAGUCAGUCCCCCCCUCCCUCCUCUAUGUAGGGGCCACUCUGGUCAAAAGUAGUACACUAUAGAGAUUAGGGUGCCAUUUGGGACACAAUCUCACCCACCCACUCAAUCAAUCAGUCAUUCAGUCCCCAGCUUUUCCUCAGUACUAUUUACAUUAUGCACAAUGCGCAUAGGAAUGGACCUAGAAUGUCCUUCAUGCCUCUUGUGUCCCAUGACACUAGCAUCAUCAACAGUCUCAACAGAAUAACUCUGCUUUACCCUGAUCAUUCCAAUCUAGCAUUAAUAACACAGACUAUAUAUACUUAUAACCUUCAUCUAAUCCAACAUCUUUGAGUGUUUUACCCUUUUAUGGAUGCUCUGAAUGAAAAGUGUAAGUGUCAAUGUUGUUCCUCUACUUUGUCAGUGUCGGUUUCAUCACUUCUGUAUUGAGCUGUUAGUGGUGUGUUAGAGAGUAGUGGUGGUGACAGUUUCAACAGCAUGUGACUUGUCUAUUCGUCUAGUAGCAGGGGCUUUAGGAGAUUUGGGGAUUUACACAGGUUGACAGGAAGAUUAGUUAUUACUGUAUUCAUUUCCUCUGUGGUUUCUGCUUAAAGGUCUCAGGGACAGUGAAACCUACUAGAAAUCCAUUCGGAAUUCUGACAUAGGGCCUACAGAGCCGUUUGUCAUGAAACGUUCGUUUUUCACUGUCUUUUUUUCUCUGGUUAGUGACAUUCAUUUCUCAAGGCUCCAGUUGAUUUGGACCAAACUAGGACAAAAGCAGUUAACCUUCUCUUUCUUUCCGAGGCAUCUAACUAGGACAUUGAGAUUCUAUCCCCUAUUGUAUGGUCACCCAGGUAGACAGAUUAGGCCUAUAUGAAAAUAAAAUGAAGAUAGAAGACCACCUGUUACAAUAGCCUCUGCUGAUCUAAAUGACAAAUGGUAACCUGUUGUCGAGGUCAUGGCCCUUUUUGUGGCCAAGCCAGACUUGGUUUGUUGGCAGUGAUACAUCUCCCGAAUGCAAAUCCUGUGCUGCUGUUGAUAUAAUUGAUUACUGUGACUUAUUUUCCCCCUAGCCCCCAGUGCAAUAUCAUAGCUGCUAAAUAAUUCAUUCUGGCUGUGAUAUUGUAUCUGCCAUAGUGAAGCAGCGUGAAUAGCGUUGUGCCGUGCCUAGCUACUGCCUACCUACCUACAGUACAGUCCAGGUUGAGACAGAGAGAUAGGGCCGUAUGCAUCAAAGAUCUCAGAGUAGGAGUGUUGGUCUAGGAUCAGGUCCUCUCUGUCCAUGUAAUUUUAUUCAUUGUGAUCGAAAAGGCAAAACUGAUCCUAAAUCAGCACUCCUAGUCUGAGACGCUUGAUACAUAGGCCUCUAUGCCUUUAGCUGAGUAGCGGCCUAAAGGUUUCUCCUUCAAACGCAUAGAAUUCUGUUUGGGAGUGAAGGACAAGCUAUAACAUUGGUCCGGAACAUUGUCCCCAGUGAGUAGGGCUUCUUGGGUUAUUUAAAAGGCAGAGAGAGAAGCCAAGUAGGCUACGUUCCAAAUGGCACCCUAUUCCAUAGGGCUCUGGUCAAAAGUAGUGCACUAUGCAGGGAAUAGCGUGCCAUGAGACUGAUUCAUAGCUCUGAUGAAUACUAUUCAGGGCCUUUGAAGUGGUUGAAAUGGACUGUGGAAGAAGCAGGAUAAGAGAAGUCAGGGAAUCAUUUACUUCAAAAGCCCAUAUUAUUCUGACUGAUUUUUUAAACAGCACGUUGGGUGGGAUGAUGUGUGUUGACAUAUGAAAACCCUCAGCUGCUGUUGUGGUGUGGGACCCAGGGAAGGGAGGGCAUCCGAAAGAGGAGGCUAAAGAGGGUCAUAGGAAUGGUCACAAUCAGUUAUUCAUGGUGUAAAUAAUAGUCAUAAGCAGUUAUUAAUGUUGUAAUUAAAGGUGCUACGCAUCUUAUGUUUAUAUUUUAUUUAAAUUUAAGAAAAAAAAUCCAUAAUAUAUCUGCCGCUAAUAGUGGAAUAAUAGUGUUUCACAGUAUUACUUAACCACCAGUGUUGUGAUUGGCUGUGAUAUUCACCUUUUGAUAUCUCCAGCCGGGCCGGCUUCUGUUGUCAAAAUGGGUGUUUUGACUUUGUUGCUGUGUUAUCUAGUGGAAACCGGGGUAAACGGCCAAUAUAGAAAUCGCUCAGUCAGUUUGCUCAAUUUCAGUUUAUGUGAGAAAACAAGCCCUGAAUAGUGUAGGGAAUCAUUGUACCAUCUAAAUCGCUGUAAAAUAUAUUUUCAAUAACAAAAAAUAUAAUUUUUACAGCUGUUUGAAGCUGGUAGACCAAAACCGAAAGUAAAAGGCUCAAGCGUGAGUCUCCGCCAUGUAACAAGGAAAUGGGAUGCAGGGGAGUGGGGAGAUUCACCUAGCUUCCACAUAGUGGAGAAAUUCUGUGUAGUACUUUCAAUGGUCAUAAGCAGUUAUUCAUGUUGUAAAUAAUGGUCGUAAGCAGUUAUUCAUGUAGUAAAUAAUGGUCAUAAGCAGUUGUUCAUGUUGUAAUUAAUGGUCAUAACCAGUUAGCCUAUUCAUGUUGUUAUUAAUAGUCAUAAUAAGUUAUUCAUGUCGUAAAUAAUGGUCAUAAGCAGUUAUUCAUGUUGUAAAUAAUGGUCAUAACCAUCUACUGAUGUUAUAAAGCAGAGGAGCAAGGAUACAAAUAAGCACCUAGUGUAAGAUAGCAGGCUAUUUUACCUGUUCAUUCAGACCACUUUGGUCCAUCUUUGUGAUUCAUUAAAUUAUGCUUAUGAGCGAGUAUCAAAUGUUACAAAAUUGGGUGAUUUCUGAAUUGCCUAAUAUUUGCACAAGCAAGCAUCAGGUGAGUUAUCCCAGAUGUAUUUGUUAUGUUAAUAUUAGCGAUGAUGCAACACACAGCACCGUUAUGAAAUCCAGAUUAGCUGUGUUGUACAGUAGGUCUACUCUAAUGCUCCCGAAAACAGACCCAGUCCCAUUUCUCUGACUGUACCCAUGUGUGCGUCCCAAAUGACUCCCUAUUCCUUUUAUAGUGCAAUACUUUUGACCGUCAAAAGUAGUGCACUAUAUAGGGAAUACAGUGCCAUUUGGGACGCAUCCCCCUGUUUUGGAGCCCAGCUGCCAGUCGGUGGCUUUUGAUUUUCCCCUCAGCUUUUAGUGAUUGUAUUUAGCAUGACCAGCCAGGCCUGAGGAGAGGAUUAAAGGGGAUUUGCUUUCAUGUAAGCAAACACCUGUCUAAACUCUAAAAUGCAAGUCAGCUUUUCUCCACACCAGCCCCCUUUUACUCCCUCCUAAAUAUUGUGUUCUUGUGGUCUCUUCAUAUAAGAGGAUCUGACCUGUAUAUGUAAGGUUUGUCCCAAAUGGCACCAUACUCCCUAUAUAGUGCACUACCUAUGGGCCUUGGUCAAAAGUAGUGCACUAUAUAGGGAAAAUAAUGCAUUUUGAGACUGAGCCGUAGCUACAGUAUCAACCUCAGCUUGACAAUGUUAUGUUGGACGGAUGAUACUGUUUGGAGGCAAACAUACUUUAUGUACACUAUUAUUAUUAAAGCAGUUUUCUAAGAUACUCCAUUCAGCAGACCUUUGAUAAGGAGGGAAAUAAUGGUGGUUAAAACCAAGCUGAAAAAGACUUGCUAGGGAGAAGCUGGAUUGAGGAAAUUAAUGCCAUAAAUCUACCCACCCUUGCCUUCGCUGGAUAGCUCUCAUUAGUUGGAGCUAAAUGUAGCGGUAAAUAUCAGAUCAGGUGGAGGAUGUUGAUAAGGUCAAUGAAAAAGAGUGGGAGCGCUAAAGACUCAUAACUUCUCCAUUAUAGCCCAAUGUCGUUUCACUCUGCAACAAGGUGUAGAGAAAUCUGGAUAAUGAUAAUGACGUUCUGCUACAAUUUUCUACUCCUCUCUCUCUCUCGGCUGCCUAACGUCUAUCGCCCUCGAGCAUGAGAGACGAGCGCUCUGAGAGAAGAGCGAGGCCUUGCAGAUGAAUGACAGAAGCGAAGCUACAGCUCCUCGCCCCGACGCGAGAGCGCAAGAAGACGAGAAAGAAGUAAGAGAGCCCAGAGAAGAGGCCCUGGCCAGCCUCGCAGACGCAGCCAGCGAGCGAGAAGAUAGAAAUAGACCGCUGAGACUGCUACGAGAGAGCAUCCCUCUCACACUCCCGACGCGAGACACGUUAGAGAUCAAUCCGAUCCGAUCGCUAAAGACGUCGAUCAUCCUCCUCUCUCUCUCUCUCCAUCUCAUACCUCGCAUCCUAAGCCUCUCUCUUUCAUUGAUCCUCCUCUCUCUCUCUCAUCUCUCUCUCUCUCUCUCAUCCUCCUCAUCCUCUCUCUCUUUCUCGCUCUCUCCCUCAUCUUUACUUCCCCCUCCUCCUCCCUUUCUCUCUCGCUCAGCCACCAUCACCAGCUCCUCAGAGAAUGAUGACCGCAGCGGCUCCAGCCUGGAAUGGAGUAAAGAUGGCAGCCUGAGGAGCAGCGGGCACCAUGGCCUGGCUCCCAGCGUGCGGGUCGAUACGUGCUCUCCCGUGGCCGAGGAAGACCCCAGCGGACCCCCAGAGACCACCGCCCCAUCCAGGACAGAGUACCCCACAGGCUCCCCAGCAGGGGCCGCCGGAGGAGCAGCAGCAGGACCAAGCCACCCACCAGAGGGCCCCGUUCCAUACCCCACAGCACACACCUCCUCGUCCCUCAUGAUGCCGCGGCCCAACUCUGUCGCAGGUAAGAACACUUUGCUCCGGGUGCUUCAUGAUGUGGAGAAGGACAUUAUCUGGACUUGUACACUGGUUUGA